AUGGACAACGACCAACACCCGGUGCAGCCGGUCAUGGCCCAGGCCGGCGAGGAGAUUGUGCGCCCGAAGACGGCGACCACGACGGCGGAGAUUGACAGCACCAUCAUACAUCCGGGGUCCGUCAAGAUCAACGUCAAGGGCGCAUUCAUCGUCGACCAGGAGAGCACCACGCCGCGCAACGGCCGCGGCUCCCCGGACCACCACCAGACCAGCGAUAUCCGACUGCCGAACCACACGGCUGUCGUCAGUCACAUCGCAAUUGAUAUUGGCGGUUCUCUAGCGAAACUUGUCUACUUCUCACGGGAAGCGUACUCGACCGAGCCCGGUGGCCGAUUGAACUUCAGCAGCUGGGAGACCGACCGGAUAGAAGAGUGCAUCAAUUUUAUCAAGCACCUAAAGGAGAACCAGCAGACACUUAAUGGCUCGAAGCCGGGACAGCUGACCGUCAUGGCGACGGGCGGCGGCGCAUACAAGUACUAUGACAAGAUCAGGGAGGAGCUUGGGGUGGAUGUCAUCCGUGAGGAUGAGAUGGAGUGUUUAAUCAUAGGUCUCGAUUUCUUUAUCUCAGAGAUACCCCGUGAAGUAUUCACAUAUAGCGAGACGGACCCAAUGCACUUCGCCGCUCCCCGCGACGACAUAUACCCCUAUCUCCUUGUCAAUAUCGGCUCAGGCGUAUCGUUCCUCAAGGUGUCUGGCCCGCGGGAAUAUCAAAGAGUAGGAGGAACAUCUCUCGGAGGCGGUACGCUAUGGGGGUUGCUGUCACUCCUUACCGGCGCGCGGACGUUCGAUGAGAUGCUGGACAAUGCCGCGCGAGGUGACAAUUCCAAGGUCGAUAUGCUCGUAGGUGACAUAUACGGCACCGACUACGGCAAGAUUGGGCUCAAGUCCACCACAAUCGCCAGCUCCUUCGGCAAGGUCUUCCGCAUGAAGCGCGAAGCUGAGUCCGAAGCAGAGGACAUGGGCGGCGGCCCCAACGGCGACGCAGCACACCACCUCCUCAACUCGCCCGACGGCGCCGGUGACCCGCACCACCAGCAAUCAGACCCGAACUCGUUCUCGAGCGCGGACAUCAGCCGGUCGUUGCUGUACGCCAUCAGCAACAACAUCGGCCAGAUCGCGUACCUGCAGAGCCAGAUCCACGGGCUGUCCAACAUCUACUUUGGCGGGUCCUUCAUCCGGGGCCACCCGCAGACGAUGAACACGCUGAGCUACGCCAUCAAGUUCUGGAGCAAGGGCGCCAAGCGGGCGUACUUCCUCCGCCACGAGGGCUACCUCGGCUCCGUCGGCGCGUUCCUCAAGAGACAGCCCCGCAACUGGGGCCGCAGGGGCAGCCUGGAGAGCGGGAACGCCGUCAACAAGGACCUCGAGUGGCGCAUGCGGGAGCGCAACGGCGAGGCGGCCGCGGCCACGACGAACGGGGCUGCCGAGACUGAGUUUGCGUAUCCUGGGACAUUACCAUCUAAGAGUGGCGUGGGCAGCGAGUCGGCCAUAAUAUGA